GUGUUUGCACGUCUCUCUAUCGAUCCCAAGGUGUCGGGUUCGCGCAGUGUAUCGCCUGUGUUAACGUCUGCCUGUAAAAAAAUAAUAAUAUCACUAUGGCCACCUACUCCCAGUUCAAGCACGUCGAGCUCUACAAGAUCGGUCACGGAAAGAACCGAGUUCCCAACGCCCCGAAGAGCUGCAUCGCGGAGAUCUUCAGCAGCGACAGCCCCGACGGCAGCCCCGUGAAAAACGGCGGCAGCCGGCCGCGUGUACAGCGCGACACGCCCACCCGCCCCAGGGACACGCAUUCCAGACUCUUUGGUCAGGGAAACACCAAUUCCCCCACCCCGAUGGUGACGGACACCAUCCGCAGCCACAUCCAGUUCGGCGACGCGGAGGCGAAUGGCAGCGCGGCGCACUCGCCUGCCAAGCUUGCCAACGGCAGCGCCAACUCUACCCCCAGCCGAGGUGAGACGGAGCCCGCCGACCACUCUUCGUACACGCCACCGAAGAGGAAUCCAGUGACCGGCGAUGGGAUCCCAAUGCCGCCGCUGCGCAGGCGCCACCCCGCCGCCGGCCUGCGAGAGGGCAACCCCAUCACCGGCGACGGCUACAAAUCUUUGAACGGCCAGAUUAACACCGUGACGUCAAUUAACGGCAGAAACAACCUGAUCCACAGUCGCGUGCCGCCCGGCGGGUACUCCUCCGGCCUAUGGUAGACCACCACUCACCACUACUGACCACGUUUGACCAUCACUCACCACCAACGACCAUCAAUUAACCGCCGAUACCUUCACAUAUCGAAGAACUUGGUUCGGCGAGCGUAUUAACAUCUACUCACAUUAAAUUCAACAAAAUUACAGCGUCGGCGAUGCACGAACGUCCAUAACCGAAAGGGUAUCUGUCGUUUAUCCUUAGCCUGUCCCAGUAACAUUUCAUUCGAUUUAGCAUAGUUUAUAGAUAUUUUUAUAAUAGUAAUAUUUGGAAUAGUUGUAACGAGACGAUAGAUUCGUAGUGAGCCUGUCGGACUAACUCUAAGGACUAUUGUAAUCUUGCACUUGAUAUGUUUACGCGAUGAUACUGCGAGGAGUUUGGAUAUCCUAUCAGCAAUAUACCAAAAGGUAGAGUGCCUUCACAGCUGUUGGAGAGCCGGAGUCGACGAAUUCUAUAAGAAUUGUCCGAGUGUCGUAGACAUUUGUGUAAACGUAAGAGUGAUUAUAUUGUCUAUAUAACACCGUAUAGAAAUAGUAAUCAUGCGACACUAACGGCUAAAUGAGGAACAUCGAUUAACUUUAACAUAUGCGACACUUAUUUAUAAAACUUUAUUUUAAUCUCUCGUUUGUUAAAUUCUAUAUCUUAAUAUUUAAAUAGAUGGUUUAUAUUAGAUUGCAUUUAUUAUGUCUGUUUAUACUUUUUUAUUUUAUUUUCUACUCGUGUAGAAUUGUAAGAAAACGGAUUUGAAUUCUUGGUCGAUUAUCUGUUAACGGAUACGAUGGACCGUAAGAUGUAGGUUUUUAUGGAUAAUUUCUAGUGUUUGGAUAAAUUUAGGCGUAGCGCAGGCAAUUGUAUUGUUCUGACCUGUCUCAUGCAUAAUCACUGGCCUAAAGUUAACAACUGUUAAUAGAUAAUAACCAUUAUUUCAAAAUAAACUUUUUUUUAUUAAUU